AAAGCACUUCAAAGCUCUCUCCGCUCUUCUCUCUUCUCUCUUCUCUCUUCUAUCUUCUCUCUUUGCCUUCUCUCUACUCUCUUCUUUUUGUUCUCUCUCUCUGAAGAAGACUAGUACGCAAGAAGACUACUACAAGAUGGAAGAAACACAACAACAACAAAAACAACAAGAACUGACGCAAGAACAGAUAACGGAGUUUAAAGAGGCCUUUUGUCUCUUCGACAAAGAUGGUGAUGGUUGCAUCACUGCUGAUGAACUUGCCACUGUCAUCCGCUCGUUGGAUCAGAACCCUACCGAACAAGAGCUUCAAGAUAUGAUCACUGAGAUCGACUCGGAUGGCAACGGCACCAUCGAAUUCUCUGAGUUUCUCAACCUCAUGGCCAACCAAAUCCAGGAAACUGAUGUAGACGAAGAGCUCAAAGAAGCAUUCAAAGUGUUUGACAAAGACCAAAAUGGUUACAUCUCUGCCAGUGAGCUGAGGCAUGUGAUGAUCAAUCUUGGGGAGAAGCUAACUGAUGAAGAGGUUGAUCAAAUGAUAAAAGAGGCAGAUUUGGACGGUGAUGGCCAAGUCAAUUAUGAUGAAUUUGUCAGGAUGAUGAUGACCAAUGGUUAAAACCUAAUCAAAUCAAUUUUACAUUGUAUUAUCUUUUAUAAAUUUGUUAAUCCUUGUCAGAUUAUCGUAUUUCACUUUUCCAAUUAAAUUAAUUUUAAGCUAGCUUUCAUAUUCAAUGACACAAAUAGAUUAUUUUGGGAUUAGUGUGAUUCUUAAUAAGUUUUUAAUGUAUAUAGUUUUUUUUAGCAUUGUAUUGGAAAGGUUAAUCAGAUUGGGUACUUAUA